AUGAAAAACCUAUCCUAUCGACAUAAACAUUAUGCCAUUAAAUUAUUAGAUUUAAAUACUCGCGAUGGAUCUCCAACACAAUCUGUUAGUGGCGCCUUCACCGGAGAUCUCAGAAAAAGCUCAUUAGGCAAUACAUUAUUAGGUAAAAAACAAUUUAAAGCACAAAAAAGUCCUAAAUCAGUAACAAAACAAUGUGAAGGUGGUGAUCGUAUAUUUCUGAAUAAGAAAUUGAUUGUUGUUGAUGCACCUGGAUUUUUGGAUACAGAUAUUCAAGAGGAAACGAUUAAAAAAGAAAUAUCUAAAAGUUAUCAGGUAGCUGCACCUGGUCCACAUGUUUUUCUACUUGUACUGAACCUCGAUCGUUUUACUGAGCAAGAAAAAAAAGCUAUAAAAUGGUUAAAUCAUAUAUUUGGUCCAGAAGCUGUUGACUAUUGCAUUGUUAUAUUUACUGGAUUAGAUACACUAGUGGAGGAGGAAAGAACAAUCGAACAGUUCAUUGGUGAUGAUCCAGAACUUGACUCAUGCAUAAAAACUUGUGGUAAUCGUUAUAUGGCUAUUAAUAAUAAAGCUACAGGAAAUGAUCAAGAUGUACAAGUAAAAACUUUAUUAGAUAAAAUUUCAGCAAUGGUAUUGAAAAACGGUGGUCAAUGUUAUACAAAUGACGGAUUUCAAGAAGUUGCAACUGAAGUUGAAAAAGAGAUACAAAAAACAAAUGGUGGCUUUCAACCAAUUAAACCUGAUGGUACAAUUAAUUUAUUACCACAAACAGAAAAAAUUGUCGACGGAUUUCUACGACGAUCGAUUGGGCGUCGUGAUAUGUUUUAA